AUGGGGCCUAGACGACCAAAUAUCGCUACUAUCGAUACCAUUGCUGCUCAUCAUUUUUGUACGGCGCCUGCCCCGAUCACCGCUGAGCCAUUUGCCGAGGGUCAUUUUACCAAGAGCCCAUUUGAUCUGCCUCCUUCACAUAAUUCAGGCAGACCAACUACACCUUCAUCAAAUCAAUCAGCUCCCACAACGGCAGUUCUUGAGGAUGUUGAAGAUGACACGCUUCUAUUACCGGUACCAACAGGUUUCUUCAGAUCUCAAAGUGACAAUAAGAAGUGGGUUGUCGGGCCAAUUUAUAAUUUGUGGUACCCUGGUAGUAUACACAAAUGCGGCGACUUGCAAGACUUUAAUUGCGGGUCAUUUAUGAAUUCAGCUUCCUAUCUACGUGGUAUGACGGAAUUUGCUCUCGCCUCUCCCAAAGUUUGCAACUCGUCUAAUAAGGAGCUGGAGCCAGUAGAAAUUGCUAUAGUUAUAAGUGUUGUUUGCGAGGCAUAA